CAGAAACUGGACGGUAAGGGCGCUGCGGGACUUUUAAACAACGAUCCGGGACUGCGGGCUGUGUUAGGAGCAUCGGAACUGUCCUGGGUAGAGGAAUUAUUGGGCGGUUAUAGAGCCGGUGAAAUGAAUGAAUGAAGAAGGACUAUUUUAUCAUUCGGCUACAAUCAGAAACUUGGAUUAUGCUGUGGGAUCUGUGACUCUUUGAUCCUAGAGAGUUCUGUGUGUGUUCUACCAGCGGUCCUUACAAAUAAAAUGAAGACUCUAAGGCCUUUGGGUCGGCUGAGUCUGGUUGAAGUUGUGCUUGUUUUGCUUCUUUGUCUGGCGGGGGCUGAAGCUGAGCACAUUCCAUAUGGUAACCAGAAAGAGAUGCCUGCCAAACAUCAAGGUCUCGACUCCAUGCUUUCAGAGUAUGACGUCUUAUCUCUGUCCAGCAUCCAGCAGCACUCCCUUAGGAAGAGGGAUCUACAGACUCAGUCUCAGGUUGAAAGAAUGCUGAGCUUUACUGCACUCCAAAGGCAUUUUAAAUUGUAUUUGGCCUCAAGCACAGAGCUAUUCUCUGAAAAUCUCCAAGCGCUGGUUCUGGAUGGGAAUGGCAAGGAAGAAAAAUACCAAGUAAAGUGGUCAGAUUUCUUUACUGGACAUGUUGUGGGUGAACAUAAUUCCAAAGUUUUGGCCCACAUCGGCGAUGGAGAUUUUACAGCACGAAUAACAACAGAUGGAGAUGAAUAUAACAUUGAGCCUCUGUGGAGGUUUGUGGAGAACACGUCGAGAGACAACAUGUUGGUUUACCGCUCUGAAGAUGUGAAAGACUUUUCUCGCUUGAAGUCCUCCAAGGUCUGCGGGUACGUUAAACCCAAGGAAGACCUCUUUAAGAAUGAGCAGGACACUGCAGAAGCCCCUGAAGGUAAUGAUUAUUUGCAUCGGGAGAAAAGGCAGAGAGCUGUGCCAGACCCUAUGAAGAACACUUGCAAAAUGGUAGUUGUGGCUGACCAUCGGUUCUUCAAGUACAUGGGUCGUGGAGAGGAGAGUACCACCAUCAACUAUUUGAUAGAGCUGAUUGACAGAGUGGAUGACAUCUACAAGAACACCUCGUGGGACAGCCAGUGGAAAGGCUAUGGAGUACAGAUAGAACAGAUUAUUGUACACAAGGAGCCAGAGAAUGUGACACAGGGGCAGAAGCAUUACAAUAUGGCAAAAUCUUUUCCAAAUCCUGACAAAGAUGCCUGGGAUGUGAAACAACUGCUGGAGCAAUUCAGCUUUGACAUCUCUGAUAAAGCGGCCCAGGUGUGUUUAGCUCAUCUCUUCACCUAUCAGGACUUCGACAUGGGGACCCUGGGGCUGGCGUAUGUUGGAUCUCACAAGCCUAACACACAUGGAGGCAUCUGUCCCAAAGCCUAUGAGAAUGAUUUAUCCAAGAAAGCAGUCUACUUGAAUACUGGCCUCACCAGCACAAAGAACUACGGCAAAACUAUUCUUACAAAGGAAGCAGAUCUUGUCACUACUCAUGAACUUGGCCAUAAUUUUGGCUCGGAGCACGAUCCUGACAGCAUGGAGGCUUGUGCACCCAGUGAAGAUCGCGGAGGAAAAUUCGUCAUGUAUCCUAUCGCUGUGAGCGGAGACCAUGAAAAUAAUAAGAUGUUCUCGAACUGCAGUAGAGAGGCCAUAUUGCGAACACUAAUGGCCAAGUCUCCCAUCUGCUUCAAAGAGCGCAACAACAAAGUAUGUGGCAAUUCGCGGGUGGAUGAGGGAGAGGAGUGUGACCCGGGAUUGCUGCAUCAGCACAAUGAUGACUGUUGUACGUCUGACUGCAAGUUUAAACCAGGAGUGCUCUGCAGUGAUCGCAACAGUCCGUGCUGCAAAGGCUGCCAGUUUGAAACAGCGCAGAAGAAGUGCCAAGAAGCUAUAAAUGCCACUUGCAAGGGAGAGUCGUAUUGUACAGGGAGCAGCAGUGAAUGCCCAACGCCUGGCAAUGCAGAAAAUGACACGGUCUGCGUAGACUUGGGCAAAUGUGUGAAUGGAGAGUGUCGGCCAUUCUGUGAGAUAGAGCUGAACCUCAAGUCCUGCGCCUGCAACGAUACUGAGAAUUCCUGCAAGGUGUGUUGUCGGAAUGAGAACGGGAUCUGCAGUCCUUAUGUUGAUAAAAAUAAACAGUUCUUGUACUUACGGAAAGGAAAACCUUGUACCGUUGGCUUCUGUGAUAUGAACGGAAAGUGUGAGAAACAAGUGCAAGAUGUGAUUGAGCGCAUAUGGGAUUUCAUCGACAAACUCAGCAUCAACAUGUUUGGAAAGUUCUUGGCAGAUAACAUUGUCGGAUCCGUUGUUGUGUUUUCUUUAAUCUUCUGGAUCCCGCUGAGUAUUCUUGUCCACUGUGUGGACAAGAAACUGGACAAACGUUACGAAGAGACCACAAAGUCUUUAUUCACACCCAGUAAUGUGGAAAUGCUGAGCAGCAUGGACUCCGCUCCGGUGCGUAUUGUUAAGCCGCCCCCUUCCUCCCAAGCAACUUCCCGUUUCCAAGUCGUUCCCAUAGUCCCGACCUCCGCGGCAGCUUCCACUAAAGCCGAUCACCAAAGAAUGGACACAAUUCAAGAAGACCCCAGUGUCGACUCUCACCUCGACGACCAGUUUGAAGAGGCCCCUUUCCCCAACAGCGGCUCCCCCGCAAAGUCUUUUGAAGAUCUCACAGACCGCCCAGUUGUCCGGAGUGAGAAGGCCUCGUCCUUUAGACUUCAACGGCAGGGCCGCGUGGACAGCAAGGAAACAGAGUGCUGACAAACUAUGUGACCGCUCUCUAGAGUCACGAGACAAUCAUUUCACUUAAAGAGCGCAACAAAGGGCUGCAGAGCUGCUUGAGACCUGCUAGGAUAGUGAUUGAACACUCCAGGGAGCAGCAUUUUCCUGCAGGUAUUACUGGUAUCUUAAUGGGUAAAUCAGUAAAAAAGAAGAAAACCAGACUAUGGGAGUUUCACUGAUGCUUUGCAAGGAGCAAUGGAAAUCAAAAAGCCCGAGCAUUAUCCCUGCAAGACCCUGAGAAUGACUCUACAUUGUAUUUUACAGCAAUGUUCUGUGCAGGUUAUUGAGUUUACUGAUAACACCAGAAUUAUUAUCACAAGACCUGACUUGGCUUUUACAUGCAGUUGGCUGCAGCGUCCUAUAAAAGAAAGAUCUGUGUUUGUUCAGGAUAAACCUAGAAAUCUGUUAACCAAUAGCUUUGGGUCCUCUGCUUUCCCCAGUCUCUUUAUGCCGCCGCCUUUAUUUUAAUUAUAUGAUGUUUUACGGGAUAGUGUCAUCCCUUUUAUUACCCUACUAUUUCCGUGUUUUACACUGGCUGUAACUGUAUGGCACAUUUAGCUUUUAAAAUUGAAGUGCAUUGGUUUGUACUGGCAGUGCAUUAUACUGAGAUGCA